AAGGGUAUUUAGAAGAUAUAAUGGAUUGUAUCGAAUAUGAACAUGAGGACGUUCAAAGGGCUAUUACCGAAAUAAUAUCUGUAGCUUGUUCGCAAAAGGAUUGUAGAGCUUUAGUAGCAAUACAUUGUCAAAAAUAUUUAACAAGUUUAAUGACUAGCAACAAUCAAAAACUAAAAACUUUAUCAGCUGUUGCAUUAACAAAAAUUUUGUUGGAUGAAAAAGCCUCAGAACAACAACAAAAUGGCAAUAAAAUUUCAGUAAUUGACGAAAAUGAGACGCUUUUAGCAGGAUUAUUUCAAAAUAUGGUUUUGGAUACUAAUUCGGAAACCACCAUCCGUGUAAAUGCUAUUGAAGGAUUAGCUUAUUCUAGUUUAAAACCCGCUGUGAAAGAAACGAUUGCUUAUCAUCCAACGUUGUUAAAAGAAAUAUUUAAACUUGUGCAAGACUCAGAAAAGACGGAUAAUGCAUUAUUUUAUGGUGUAGCAGUAAUCUUGGCUAACGUUACCACAUACAAGAAAAAAAUGAGUGAAUCUGAAGAACAAAUUUUCAAAUUAAAGAAAAUGUCAGGAGAAAGCUUAAAGAUCGAAGAUGAUCCUAUAGAUGAUGAUGAAUAUGUGAUUAAUCGGACUAAACAAGUUAUGAAAUCUGGUGUCAUUCGUCCGUUAAUUAUCAUGACAAAAAAUUCUAGUCAAGCGAUUCGACAAUUAGUGGCAAAAGUAUUUCUUAAUCUUACAACAGAUCAAAGUAAUCGAGGCGCAAUUGUUCAGCAAGGCGGCAUUAAAGCUUUGAUCCCAUUAGCUACCAAGAAUACAAAAGAAGUUACCGAACUUGCAAGUCACGCUUUGGCAAAAAUUGCCAUUACAAUGGACCCAAAUUUGGCAUUUCGUGGUGAAAGAGCUUCAGAUCUCGUUCGUCCUUUUCUUUCUUUAUGUCAAGGAGGAAGUGAACUUUGUCAAUUUGAAGCUUUGAUGGCUUUAACAAAUUUGGGAAGUUCGGAUAAUGAUAUUCGAAUGCGGAUAUAUGAUGCUAAAGGAAUCCCAAUUAUAGAAAAUUUACAACUUUCUGAUAAUGACAUGAUUCGUCGGGCAGCAACUGAAUGUUUAUGUAAUAUGAUGUUUUGCGAACCGGUUUAUAUUAUGUACAGUGAUCCUCAAAUGUCAUCGAACAAAAUUAAAAUAUUAGUUGCACUUUCUGAUGUUGAAGAUUUUGAAACUCGACGAGCAGCUAGUGGAGCUUUGGCAAUUUUAUCGACAAGUCCCGAUGUUUGUAAUAUGAUUGUUGAUCGACCACGUGGAAUAGAAAUAUUAAAAGAUUUAAUUUCUGAAGAAUCGGUGGAAAUGCAACAUCGUAGUGUUGAAUGUUUCAAAAAUAUUUCAAAUGUUAGCAAAGAAAUGUGUCAACGAUUGGUUGAAGCUAAAGCAUUACAAGAAAUCGCAAAACAUGGUUAUUUACCAAAGAAUGAUGCCAAAUAG